CACUUUUCUACUUCUCUAAGCCACUAUGGCUACUGCAAAGAACUUCUUCUCUUUGGCUGUUUGUUUUUUCAUUCUUGGCUUUUCCUUCAUUUCCACUAAUGCUGUUGAAGUCACUCAUGAUGGAAGGGCCAUCAAAAUUGAUGGUAAACGUAGAGUUCUCAUAUCUGGAUCAAUCCAUUAUCCUAGAAGCACCCCUGAGAUGUGGCCCGACUUGAUCAAAAAAGCCAAAGAAGGAGGAUUAGAUGCAAUUGAAACAUAUGUUUUCUGGAAUGCUCAUGAACCUUCUCGUCGUGUGUAUGAUUUUUCUGGAAAUAAUGAUCUUAUCAGAUUUCUUAAGACCAUUCAAGAGGCUGGACUUUAUGGUGUUCUUCGCAUUGGUCCAUAUGUUUGUGCUGAAUGGAAUUAUGGNNGCAUUCCUGUUUGGGUUCACAAUCUACCUGAUGUGGAGAUUCGGACUGCCAACAAAGUGUACAUGAAUGAAAUGCAAAAUUUCACUACUUUAAUCGUGGAUAUGGUGAAAAAGGAGAAACUUUUUGCUUCUCAAGGUGGUCCCAUAAUUAUCACUCAGAUCGAAAAUGAAUAUGGUAAUGUGAUGUCACAUUACGGAGAUGCUGGAAAGGCUUACAUAGAUUGGUGCGCAAACAUGGCCGAGGCUUUCGACGUUGGUGUUCCAUGGAUCAUGUGCCAGCAAUCCAAUGCUCCUCAGCCAAUGAUCAAUACUUGCAAUGGUUGGUAUUGUGACAACUUUGAACCCAACAAUCCCAACAGCCCUAAAAUGUGGACCGAAAAUUGGGUAGGCUGGUUUAAGAACUGGGGUGGCAGAGAUCCACACAGAACCGCUGAAGAUGUUGCUUAUGCAGUGGCUAGAUUUUACCAAACCGGAGGCACAUUCCAAAAUUAUUAUAUGUAUCAUGGUGGUACUAACUUCGGUAGGACAGCCGGUGGUCCAUACAUUACCACUACAUAUGAUUAUGAUGCUCCUCUCGAUGAAUAUGGCAACAUUGCCCAACCAAAAUGGGGUCACCUCAAAGAACUUCAUAGUGUUUUGAAGUCAAUGGAGGAAACUCUUACAAAUGGCAACGUCACCGAGACUGAUUUUGGCAACUCCGUUAAGGCCACCAUUUUUGCCUCAAAUGGAUCAUCAAGCUGCUUCUUGAGCAACACCAACACCACCACUGAUGCCACUCUAACAUUUAGAGGAAAGAAAUACACAGUUCCAGCAUGGUCAGUUAGUCUUCUUCCUGAUUGCAAGCAUGAAGCGCAUAACACAGCUAAGGUGAAUGUCCAAACCUCUAUAAUGGUUAAAGAAAAUAGCAAGGCAGAAGCUGAGCCAAAAGCUUUGAAGUGGACUUGGAGGUCAGAGAACAUUGAUCUUGCUCUUCAUGGGAAAAGUAAUGUCUCUGCAGACAGACUUAUUGACCAAAAAGACAAGGCUAACGAUGAUAGUGACUAUCUUUGGUACAUGACAACACUUCAAGUCAAGCAAGAUGAUCCAGUUUGGAGUGAAAAUAUGACUCUUAGGAUUAAAGGCACUGGCCAUGUAAUUCAUGCAUUCGUCAACGGAGAACAUAUUGGCUCCCAUUGGGCCACAUAUGGGAUUCGCAGCGAUAUAUUCGAGACAAAGAUUAAGUUGAAGCCAGGAAAGAAUACUUUAAGCUUGCUUAGUGUCACCGUUGGACUUCAGAACUAUGGGCCACACUAUGAUACAUGGCAUUCUGGUCUUGUUGGGCCUAUUGAGUUGGUGAGUGUAAAAGGUGACGAGACCAUCCUUAAGGAUUUAUCCAAACACAAAUGGUCGUACAAGGUAGGGUUGCAUGGUUGGGACCACGAAUUGUUCAGUGAGAACUCACCCUAUGCUUCUCAUAACAAAUGGGAAACUGAGCAGUUACCCACAAACAGGUUGUUCACUUGGUACAAGACUACUUUCAAAUCUCCUCUGGGGUCAGACCCUGUUGUUGUGGAUUUGCAAGGAAUGAGCAAAGGCUAUGCUUGGGUGAAUGGUCAAAACAUUGGACGCAUCUGGCCUAGUUACAAUGCUAUGGAAAAUGGUUGUAGUGAUGAGCCUUGUGAUUAUCGUGGAGAAUAUACCGACUCAAAAUGUGUUUCCAAUUGUGGGAAACCCACACAGAGAUGGUACCAUGUACCUCGCUCUUAUCUUAAAGAUGGUGCAAAUACUUUGGUUUUGUUUGCUGAGUUGGGUGGAAACCCAUCACUAGUGAAUUUCCAAACCGUUGUUGUUGGAACUGCAUGUGGAAAUGCACACGAGAACAAGACUUUGGAGUUGUCUUGCCAAGGUCGUAAAAUCUCUGCUAUUAAGUUUGCAAGUUUUGGUGAUCCAAAAGGAGUUUGUGGAGCAUUCACCAAGGGCAGUUGCGAAAGCAAGAAGGAUGUGUUGUCCAUCGUGCAAAAAGCAUGCGUUGGCAAGGUUGCAUGUUCAAUUGAUGUUUCAGAGAAGACAUUUGGUGCAACGGCUUGUGGAAAUAUUGCUAAGAGACUUGCGGUGGAGGCAGUUUGCUAGGACUUUUGCUAUUUUGCUCAGAUAAUAAAUAGUGGUUAGGAACAUAGUUAGAGUAUUGUGACUGGUUUACUAGAACUAAUUAAUAAAAUUAGCCUUUUGCA